ACGCAGGGAGGGCGGGCGCGCAGUCCCGGCCGGGGGAGCGCGGCCUGGUCGGCGGCCCCAGCGCGCUCCGGAGGGGCGAGUGUGCUACGAGGCGUUGCAGCUCUGCUGGGCACCAGCAAACAGCGCGCCUGUGAGUAGCGACCAGCCGGCACCAGUGAACAGCGUGCCUGAGAAUAGCGAACAUGGCAUGUCAGAGGACUACAGAUGGAAAAUACAAAGCCAAGAAAAAGAUUUUUUUUCUAAUUGUUGCAAAAUAAGGAAGUUGAAUGAAGUUGCCUAUGCCAUGGGAAUGCUUUGAAGUUUUGUAAUGGCAGAAGCUAGAUCUUCAGAAGUUAAAAGAUCACGAAUAAGUUUGUCACUCAGUAAAAAUAAGAAAAAAAAAGGAACAACAACAAAAAAAGUGGAAGAUAAAGGAACACUAUCUACAGCUUCAGCAUCCUCCUCUAUUAUUUCCUUUUUUAACAAUGUUCCCCCUGCCAAAAUUACCUGUCCCAUGUGUGGGCAAAUGGUGCCAAGAUAUAAAAUAAAUGAGCAUAUGGAUGAAACAUGUCAGAAAAAACAUGGGGAGAUUGGUGUCAUUGAUUUAACACUCAACUCUUUUAGGAAUGAGAGUGCAAUAUUUGCAAAUGCAAACAAUAAUUCCAGCCCCUAUUUUUCAAAAGAGCUCUUAAGUCCUUCCAAAUGCAGUUCACUGAAUGCGGAUCAGAGUGCAGUACAACAGAUUAGUCCUUAUUUUAGCAAUAAUAGUUCAGUCUGUAGUGCUAAUGAUGUACCACAGGUUCAAACAGUUAAAGUAGUCUCUUUGGGAAGCUUGUCAUCUAAACUCUCCAGAAGACGACGUAUCCAGGGAGGAAAACAGAUUGUGUAUAAAGAGAGCGACUCUUCACCUCCAGCUGUUCACAAUAUGAGCAAAAGUGCUGCUGCAUGGGAUGAUGAUGAUAUUUAUGCUGGGCAUAGUUCUCAGAAAGAAAAUGAGCUUGAGGAACAGAGUUUUUCAAAGAAGGAGCCUGAAUUUCAAGAGGAAAUAAACAAAUGUGGUGGGGAAGACUUUCUGGAUAUUGAUCAGGUAUUAUCAGCAGCUAAUAACAGUGAUGGCAAAAGGUUACCAACUGGUACAAGGAGCGCCAGAACAGAAAGUAGGUCUGAAGGUGUGAUGCUUAGUCCUGAUAAAUUUGAAGCACAUCUAGCCACUUAUACUGCAGCAGAGUUGAUCAGUAGUUUGGAAGUGAAGACUCAGCCUCACACUCAGAUUAUUCCUUCUUCCAAGACAGAAGUGAACUGUGGAACACAGAAUUGCUUUAGCAAGGGUGAUGUCCAAGUACUUCCUAUGGAAGUUCAUGAAGACUUCAAGAAUGAGAUCAAUCAUAGUAUGUCAGAAACUGUAGAGAAAGUAGAAUUUCCCAGUUCCAUUGGGGACAUUUUAGACACAAUAAAUGAGGUUAGCUCUGGGCCCAGCUCUCCCUGUCACCCAUAUUACCUCCGGAAUUUUUUAGUAGUGCUGCGAGCAGUCUUGGAGAACGAAGAUGAUGUCAGACUCUUUGAUGAGCAAGAUAAGAGCAUUAUAACCAAGUUCUGCAAAUUAUCAGUUGGUGGGCAGAAGUUAUAUGUGAGACUUUUUCAACGCAAGCUGAACUGGUUAAAGGUGAACAAAAUAGAGUAUGAAGAGAUCAGUAUGGAUUUGUCACCAAUAAUUGAAGAACUGGCUGAAGCCAGGUUUCUGCAAACAGAAUCUCAACUGGAAGACCUGUGUGAAGGGCUGGAUUUGCUUUCAGCCCCUGAACUAAAAACAUUGGCAAAGGUCUUUCACUUGCCAAACCCAAAUGGUCACAAACAGCAACUCAUGGAUGAUUUUCUGAGAUUGGCAAAACAACGAUCAGUCUUCAGCAGGAGUCAGGGUGGUAUUGGAACAGUCAUUUUAAAAAGGGUGAAGGACCUGGCUGGAAAAUGUGUCAGGGUCUGUAAAGGCCCUCGGGCUGUCUUUUCUCGUAUUCUGCUGCUGUUUUCUCUGUCUGAGUCGAUAGAGGAUGAGGAAGCUGGUAGUGCUGGUCACGGCCAACUCUCCACAGUCCUUAUGGUAAACAUGGGGCGUAUGGCGUUUCCCAGUUACACUGUAAAUAGGAAAACACAGGUCUUCCAGGACAGAGAAGACCUUAUCAGAUAUGCAACUGCUGCUCAUCUGUCAAAUGAUAUAGCCAGUGCAAUGGUAAAUGGAAACUGGGAAGAAGCCAAUCAUCUGUAUAUGUGUGCUAAAGAAACCUGGAAUGAACUGAAAAAUCACCCGUCUUUGAGCUAUCACAGGGUUCUACCUGAGUAUCUGCGACGUUUUACAGUUGGCUGGGUGUAUACAAGAAUCCUUUCUCAUGGUGUUGAAAUUUUGCAGAGGCUUCACAUGUAUAAGGAAGCUGUGCAGGAGCUGCAGACUCUCCUGUCUCAGGACGUGUAUUGUACCGACAGCAGAGGGCGAUGGUGGGACCGCCUGGCUCUGAAUUUACACCAACACUUGAAAAACACUAAGAAGGCUGUGGAGUGCAUCAGGAGAGGGCUGGCAGACCCUUGUGUGCGCACAGGGCACCGCCUCGCGCUCACCCAGCGGGCCCUGCGCAUCCGAGACUCGCCCAGCUGCAAGCCCUUCCGCUGCCUGGUUUCUGACCUACCAGUCAUAACUGUGGAAGAUGUGACACACGUUACAAUCAAAGGAAAGAUGUGUCCUCAGAUGGGAAUGGGAAAAUCAGUGUUUCUAAUGGAGGAUAUUGGUGAUGAAGAAGGAGAUGAAGACACCAGUGUGUCCACAGUCAUGUGCUCAGUUGAGGAGCUGGCCUUAAAUCAUUACAAGCAGAAUGGUUUUGAUCAGGGCAUUCAUGGGGAAGGCUCAACAUUUCUCACGCUGUUUGGGAUUCUGAUGUGGGACAUCAUUUUCAUGGACGGUGUUCCCGACGUGUUCCGCAACUCCUACCAGACGUUCCCCCUGGAUUUAUAUACUGACAGCUUCUAUGAGAACAGGAGGGAUGUCAUUGAGGCCAGACUCCAGCAGCUUAAUGCAGCUUCUUCAGAGACCCUGGCAAAAUUAGUCGCUGACAUCUGGACCACUCAGGAAGGAAAAGCAGCAGCACUAGUUAGCUGGGGGCGGUUUACUUCCCUUCAGCAAGCUCAGAGCCUUGUGUCCUGCCUUGGAGGAAUGUUCCUGAGCGGCAUUUUCCGGCGCCUUUGCAGAGACCUGCGCCACUGCAGGGGGGGCCUGCCCGACCUGGUGGUGUGGCAAACUCACACCCAUCACUUCAAGCUGGUGGAAGUGAAGGGUCCCACAGAUCGCCUGUCCCCCAAGCAGAGCAUCUGGCUGAGCGAACUGAAGCAGCUGGGGGCUGCAGUAGAAGUCUGUCAUGUCCAAGCCGUUGGAGGCAAGAGCAAGCGCCUCAGUUGACAGCAGAGGUCUUGAUCAUGAGGGUAACUUGGGUGUUUCUAAAGGAACUGGAGUGACACUAAGGGCUGCUGCUUA